CAAAACAAAAAAUUUUAUCUUCGAAACAUGUGUGUUAAACAAGACUGAAUUUAAUAAAAUUCUUUUUGUUUAAAUUUAACAAAAAUCAAAACAAAAUUAACCAUGAGUUCACCAUCAGAAAAAGCACUACAAAUUCUUAAAUAUUUGCCACGUGUUAGCUUAAACAAUCUGGUUAAAGAUCCAUAUGCAAUUCGAAAGAAACGAGGUAAAUCAACAAAAGAUUAUCUAAAAGAAUUUGCUAUCAAUAAAAGUAAUCGUGAACGAAGACGUUUUUGGCCAGUUGGUUAUGAAGGUGGUCGUACACCAUUUUAUAUGAAAAUUCCAAUUGAAAAUUAUUAUCGAAAUUUUGGACAUCGACGUCAAUAUCCACCAUUAAGUUUAUAUCAGCUGCAAAUGUUAAUCGAUAAUGGUGUUGUUGAUCCAUGCUGUCCAAUUGAUUUAUCAACAUUAUGUAAUUCACAAUUUUAUUCAAUUGAUCCAUCAUUAUCACAUUAUGGUGUUAAUCUUAUUGAUCAAGGUUUAGAUAAUUUUCGUAGUAAAAUUAAUAUCGAAGUACAAUAUACAACUGAACCGGUUAUUGCUGCUAUCGAACGUAAUGGUGGUCAAAUAACAACAGCAUAUUUCGAUAUUAAAAGUGUUCAAGCAUUAAUGAAUCCAUUAAAAUUUUUCGAACAAGGUUUACCAAUACCAAAACGUUCUCUGCCAACUGAAGAUGCAUUUGAAUAUUAUUCGAAUCCGAAAAAUCGUGGCUAUCUUGCCGAUCCAAAAGAUAUUGAAAAAGAACGUUUAUUAUUGGCACAAAAAUAUGGUUAUGAAUUGAAAAAUUCAAAUGAUGAUCCAAUGAUGACAAUGAGAAAAAAUCCUCGGCAAAUAUUUUUUGGUUUAGAACCUGGUUGGCUGGUUAAUCUGCGUGAUCAAGAAAUACUUGCGCCAAGUAAUGAUGAAUAUAAAGAAUAUUAUCGAAAUUGAUUUAGUUUUGGUUUGAUCAUUAAAAAAAUUUAUUGAAUAAAAUUUGUAAAUUUCUUUUAGCAU